UGCCCGUCAAGCUUCUAGGAAACGCGACGUCAUUUAUUAUAUAGUUUAAAUAAUCAAGCCAAAUAAAAUGCCAGAAAACCAGAGGAAAUCGUCUCCCGGACACUCCACAUCAUUUUUAAUUGAGGACAUAUUAUUCAGAUCAAAGAAUAACAGACCAAAUUCAGAGUUCCAGGUAACUAGUCACGAAAGAAAUAGAAAUCAUCAAUUGCCACAAAGUCAAGAAUGCUUCCCGAUGUUACCAUCAACGGUGGCUUCCGCGUAUUUAUCAUAUCCAGCACAUUAUAUGCACAAAAAUGGUAUUGCAGAACCAUUUUUUAUUUCACCCCAAGGGGUACCUUUUGGAAGUAUUUGGGGUGCCCGAUCAGACUAUGGCCAUGGUCAAUUAAGCUCUAGGCUAUGUCGCAGACGAAAAGCUCGGACUGUAUUUUCUGAUCAACAACUCACGGGACUAGAAAAAAGAUUUGAAGUACAACGAUAUUUAAGCACGCCCGAGAGGGUUGAACUGGCUACCGAACUGAGAUUGUCUGAAACACAGGUCAAAACAUGGUUUCAAAAUCGAAGAAUGAAACAUAAAAAACAAUUGAGAAAAGUUAAUGACGAUACAGUGGUUAUUGGUUCAGAAAAACCUGCAGACAACACUGCAAACAAAUCACUAACCACAGAUUAUCCUGUUGACUUUUCAUCUAAAGGAUCAGUUUGCGGUGUAUUAGAUACAAGCAUUCAGGAGUCCAAGGAUUUAGCUCGACAAAGUAGGUCGCUCAACAAUGAUGAUGAGAGGAGUCAACGGUACGACCUGAGUGAAGUCUCUGAAGUGGACGACGAUGAUGACGUCGAUGAUGCUGAUGAUGAGAUUAUAGAUAUUGUCGGUGAUCACUCUCAUAUGCUAAAUAGCGUACAGCGAAAUUACGAACAACAAAGAUUUUUCUAAUUAAAAGCUAAAAACCACUUAUCUAUUAUUAUUAUUAUUAUUAUUAUUAAACUGUGCACAAAACAGUUAGAAACCAAUCGUAACCAUAUAUACUUCUUAUAA